ACAAAACAAAAAAAAAAAAAAGUUCGCACAGCCGUACAUUUCUUUUGCAUCCACAAGCGCUCGCUUGACCUUGUGUUCUCCCUCGAACGACGACCAAGUCACCCCUCGACAAAACUGAGCUUGUCAAGCCAGAUCGAUCGGGCGACCGAGGCGCUCAUUGCCCAUCAAACUUCGACCUAGUGCGAAACACACGCGUCUGUCCAAGACUUGAAUGAAUUAAUUUGAACACUUAUCCUAUACCCUUAUCGCUACAAACGCGAAGGACUUCAAGGUAGUCUUGUGUCGAUUCAGUCGCUCGCACCGAAGGCGAAUUUUCCCCGGCCAGAUUUCGUGUUAUUUUGCGCGGCGCGCGCGCCUUGCCGGGCCCCGUGAAAAGUGGCGACAUCCUCCUUGCCCGGUCUAGCGAACGGCCAACUGUCUCUACAGCAGCACCUAGACCUUGCGAACCAGAUUGCGCAUCAUUCCGGAGUCGUCGCCUACGGCAGGCGCGCGCCGGUGUUGACAAUGACACAACCUUUACCUCCGCAGCCGACCGAUAAGCGGCGCGUCAAAGUCUACGAAUUGCGCAAUAACGAGUGGUAUGACCGUGGAACGGGAUUCUGCACGGCAGCAUAUAUUCCUAUAUCCGAUUCCCCCGACGAAGAUACCCCGAGAGAACCUAGAGUCAUUGUCGAGUCAGAGGAUCAUCCUGACCGGGUGCUGCUCGAUGUUCGAAUAUGCAAAGAGGACGGUUUCCAGCAGCAGCAAGGCAUACACACUCCUAAGGCAGAGCAGGGAGAGGCCCAAAAGGUUCUAGUGUCUUCGGCAGAAUUUAUCACUGACACGACUUUGGGACUAUUUAGGAAGUUUGUGAGCGGGGUCCAGUCGUCUUUCCGUGGACAAAUGGCACAUGAUGACAGUCUUUCGGAUGACCUCGCACUCGAUGCUGGGCCUUCAUUGCCCCCGCCGGAGCUGGCGUCUUUGCCGGAGCUUGAGCACAGUAUGCGGAUGAUGGCAAGCAGUAAUACUGGCCGGGAAGCGCUCACCAAGUGCAUCAUGAGUGAGGACUACAUCGGCCGACUAAUACCACUCGUGGAAAUGGCGGAGGACCUUGAAAGCUUGGACGAUCUCCACCGUCUCUGCAACAUCAUGAAGACGAUACUGCUGCUUAAUGACAGUGGUAUAAUCGAGCAUGCUGUCUCGGACGAGUGCAUAGAAGGGGUGGUCGGCGCGCUGGAAUACGAUCCCGACUUUCCCAGCCACAAGGCAAACCACCGGCAAUGGCUCAAGCAUCGGAGCCGGUAUAUCGAGGUUGUCAAGCUGCAAGAUCCGGCCAUAUCAAGAAAAGUCCACCAGACCCACCGAUUACAAUACCUAAAGGAUGUGGUGCUGGCUCGGAUUUUGGAUGACCCGACGUUCUCCGUACUCAACUCGCUGAUAUUCUUCAACCAGGUUGACAUAGUCAACCAUCUCGGUCAAGAUCCCGAGCUUUUGAUGGAGCUGUUUGGAAAAUUCACGGAUCCGAGCGUCGAACCUAUUCGACAAAAGGAGGCUCUCCAGUACAUACAACAGUGCUGCGCCAUCGCCAAGAACCUACAGCCGCCGAUUCGGCAAGUGUUGUAUAAUAGUUUCCUCACGCACGGUCUCCUGCACGUCAUCAACUUUGGACUACGGCAACCAGACGUUACCGCUCGAGUCGGUGCUACCGACAUUCUGGUUUCGAUGAUUGACCACGAUCCCCAGAUGGUGCGGCAGACAAUUUAUCGCCAGAUCCGCGAGAACCAGCCGCCCCUUACAGAUGCCCUCAUCGAUCUGCUACUGGCCGAGGUGGACUUGGGGAUCAAAUCACAGAUCUCGGAUGCUCUCAAAGUGCUUCUCGACCCCAACCCCCCUCCAAUGCCACCAGAUGCCAGCAAGCCGAAUGGCGAACCACUGCCUAGACGACCCCAGGGACCAGACCCUGAGCAGGAUGGCUUCCUGCAACACUUUUACGACCAUUCUGCGGCCAGGUUGUUCAGACCACUCCUCGAGCUCGAGGGGAAAACCGUUCUCAAGUUCUCCGUGGCAGAUGAUGGCGUUUUCAACUACUUGAACGACAUCCUCUGCUUUUACAUACGUCAACACAUGCAUCGCUGUAAGCUCUUUAUACUACAGAACAACAUUUCACAGCGCUUCCUGCAACUGCUUGCAUGCGACCAGAAGCAUGUGCAACUUGUCGCCAUAAGGUUCUUCCGUCAGCUGAUUGCGCUGAAGGAUGAAUUUUGGAUUCGUCAGAUUGCUGAAAAGCAGGUUCUUGGCCCGAUCCUGGACGUCCUGAUAGGAGUUCUUCCCAGAGACAACCUGUUAGGAUCUGCCUGUCUUGACGUCUUUGCAUUCAUACACCAGGAGUCGAUUAAGGACUUGGCCAGGCACCUUGUGGAGACGCACCGAGAGAAAGUGCAGUUUCUCACAUCUUUGUCGCUGUUUAGAGAUAUACUUGACAUGUACGAUAAGCCUCAGGGCAACUACUCUGCUACUAUAGAUGGCUACUUUUAUGAUUCUGAGGAGAGUGUGUUGGUGCCCCGGCCAAACCCGGCCAACACAAGGGGCAUGAUGGAACACUUGGCUGUGGACCCGGACGAGGAGGCGUUUUGGAACGGAUCAGACGAGGAAGAAGAGCUGCAGACAAGGGUCGGUCCACCUCUUCAGGCGUCAGGAAACGGUGCCGUCGGUCCCAAGCCGCUAGUUGACUAUGCAUCUGAUGACGACGUGGACGAGAACGGGGACACGGAGGUGAAACCAACGCCCUCGGUCGAGGUUGAUGAAGCCAAAGCUGUGGUUUCGGAAGACGAUAGCGAGGGUGCCGUUUGGACACCGACCAGCAGUGUCGGGCCACCACCCGAACGUCUUUCAGAAAAACGCCGACGUGAGGAGGACGAAGAGGACGAGAUCGACAAGCUCAUGCAAACGAAUAAACGGCGGAACAGCGGUUCGGCGACGAUGAAACCGGCCACGGGCCUAGCAGCCGGGCCUAUUCGUCGCAGCAGGAGUCUCACCGGGCGUGAUUCACCGUCCAACGGGAACAAAAAAAUCGCCAUCAGUAUCUCACCGGCGCUGAAGCUCGCCACUACUGGGCAGUCUGGUUCUGAAGACGGAAGCGAAUAAAAAUGGCAGAGUUUUUCCCGUUCCACAUUUGAAGCGAUUGCAAGUCUUAUACGAAAUGAUAUCCCGUGACCGCUCUCAACAGAAACAUGAGAGGCAACGGAAUUUUUUUUUGUCUCGACCAGUGUAUCUGCGAGCACUUUUUUUUUUUUCUUUCUCUUUCUUCUUAUUUCUUUAUUUCAUUUUGACAAUAUGGCGUUGGCUUCCGUCUUAUUCUGUAUCCAACACUGAUCGGCCUUGAAUUACUUUUUAUUCUUUUUUCAGCCGCUGAAUAGGAAACGGCGGGGAUAUUGGGGCGCAAAGAAGGAAUAUUGGUUUUUGCUCUCCCCAGGAAAACGGGGAGGUGACAAGGUGCUUUUUUUUUUGUCGUAAGAGAGCAGGAGUCGGUACAAAAAGUCCAAAACAUCGAGCCUAUAUACAACCCCACAGUCACAGUGGGAUAGAUUUGCAAAGCAA